UUCAAUGCUCUUCCAAUUCUCACUCAACCAACUCAUCAAUAAAUCUCUCCACAAAAAAUAAAAUAUUGUGUCAAGGGUUUUGUUCUUGACAAAAAAAUCAAGAAAUGGAGCCCUUCGACUUCUUCCCGAGAAAAUCAGGUGAAAUGGCGUUGCAAUCGAGGCAGUCGUGCGACGAAGACGACGAUGCCGCCGCCAUCAGUUUGCAAAUCGGGCUUCCAAACUCGGGUUCAGGCGGCGGAAAGAAAGAAGCAAACUCGGCGGCGAAAUACUGGAUACCUAGCGCUGCACAAAUAGUAGUUGGCUUCACUCAUUUCUCGUGCCACGUGUGCAAAAAGACAUUCAAUCGCUACAAUAAUCUUCAGAUGCAUAUGUGGGGGCAUGGAUCGCAGUUCAGGAGGGGGGCGGAGUCGCUGAAGGGGCGGCAGCCGCGGGGCAUAAUGGGAAUUCCGUGCUACUGCUGCGAGGAAGGGUGCAAGAACAACAUUGACGAGCCGCGGGCGAAGCCGCUCAAGGAUUUCAGGACGCUGCAGACGCACUACAAGAGGAAGCACGGCAGCAAGCGCUUCUCGUGCCGCAAGUGCGGCAAGUGCUUGGCCGUCAAGGGCGACUGGCGCACCCACGAGAAGAACUGCGGCAAGCGCUGGCUCUGCGUUUGCGGCUCCCAUUUCAAGCACAAGAGGUCCCUCAAAGACCACGUUGCCGCUUUUGCUUCCCCCCACCGCCCCUCUUCUCCUCCUACUUUUCUAAAACAUUAAUUCAUCAACUCUACUUAAUUCUACUGCUACAACAACCUACCUAGUAUCACUAUAUCUCUAGUUGUUUCUCAUUGUUUAAUUUCGAUAAA